AUGGUGCUGUCGGUGCCCGUGAUCGCGCUGGGCGCCACGCUGGGCACGGCCACCAGCAUCCUCGCGCUGUGCGGGGUCACCUGCCUGUGCCGGCACAUGCAUCCCAAGAAGCGGGUGCUGCAGCGGGACCUGGACCCCGAUCCGGAGAAGGCGAAGCCCGGCGUGCUCCGGUCCCAGCAGUUCAACGUCAAAAAGUCCACCGAGCCCGUUCAGCCCCGAGCCCUCCUCAAGUUCCCAGAUAUCUACGGCCCCAGGCCGGCUAUGACGGCCCCCGAGGUCAUCAACUACGCUGACUACACGCUGAGGACCACAGCGGAGCCCGCCGCACCUGCCAGCCCCCAGGCCCCGAAUGACAGCCGCCUCAAGAGGCAGGUCACAGAGGAGCUGUUCGUCCUUCCUCAGAAUGGUGUGGUGGAGGAUGUCUGUGUCAUGGAGACUUGGAACCCAGAGAAGGCUGCCAGAUGGAACCAAGCUCCCAAACUUCACUACUGUCUGGACUACGACAAGCAAAAGGCUGAACUAUUUGUGACUCACCUGGAAGCUGUGACCAGUGACCAUGAUGGAGGCUGUGACUGCUAUAUCCAGGGCAGCGUGGCCAACACGAUGGGCUCCGUGGAGGCCCAGACGGCCCUGAAGAAGCGGCAGCUGCACACCACGUGGGAGGAAGGCCUUGUGCUCCCCCUGGCGGAGGGGGAGCUCCCCACGGCGACCCUGACACUGACCCUGAGGACCUGCGACCGCUUCUCUCGCCACAGUGUGGCUGGGGAGCUGCGCCUGGGCCUGGACGGGGUGUCGGUGCCUCUAGGGGCCGCCCAGUGGGGCGAGCUGAAGACUUCAGUUAAGGCGCCGUCUGCAGGAACGGGAGAGGUCCUUCUCUCCAUCAGCUACCUCCCGGCUGCCAACCGCCUCCUACUGGUGCUGAUUAAGGCCAAGAACCUCCACGCUAAUCAGUCCAAGGAGCUCCUGGGGAAGGAUGUCUCUGUCAAGGUGACCUUGAAGCACCAGGCUCGGAAGCUGAAGAAGAAGCAGACGAAACGCGCCAAGCACAAGAUCAACCCCGUGUGGAACGAGAUGAUCAUGUUUGAGCUGCCGGAUGACCUGCUGCGGGCCUCCAGUGUGGAGCUGGACGUGCUGGGCCAGGGCGCCGAGGGGCAGAGCUGCCUGCUAGGGCGCUGCAGCCUGGGCCUGCACGCCUCGGGCUCCGAGCGCAGCCACUGGGAAGAGAUGUUGAAGAACCCGCGCCGGCAGAUUGCCAUGUGGCACCAGCUGCACCUGUAG